ACCAACCCAAACAACCAAAUCACCAUGAAGUUCCUCAUCUGCUUGGCUCUCUGCAUCGCCGCCGCCCAGGCUAGUUACCUCGCAUCCCCAGUGGCCACUUAUGCCGCUGCUCCGGCCUAUGCCGCCACCUACUCCGCUGCUCCUGUGGCCUACGCCGCUCCAGUGACCACCUAUACUGCUCCUGGUUACUCCACCUACGCCGCUGUGGCUCCCGCCUAUGCCGCCUACAGGGCUCCCUUGGCCUAUUCCGCUCCGGUGGCCACCUACGCCGCUGGCCACGCCUUCGUCGCCCCCAUCACCACGUACUCCGCACCAGCCGUCGUCAGCUCCUUCCUGAAGAAGAAGUAA